AUUCUGCGAAGUAUGGGAGCUACACCAUGAUGGACUUGCAGACCAACAACAUUGUAGACAUACAGCUGGUACAGAGUAAUGAGGUAGGGGGAAGCUACCACAUGGAAAAGGAGGGCCUUAGACGAAGUUUGAAUCGCCUAUCAGAAAGCGGUGUAACGUUGGACUGCAUUGUCACUGACCGUCACCCCCAAAUACAAAAGUUCCUGAAGGAUCGUAAAAUCAAACACUAUUAUGACGUCUGGCAUAUGGCUAAAGGGUUGUCAAAGAAGGUGGAGAAAAUUUCUAGAGAGAAAGACUGCAGUUUGGUGAAGAAGUGGCAUAAGAGUAUCAUCAAUCACCUGUACUGGUCUGCCACUAGCUCUGCUUCAGGACCAGAGAAGUUAGCCAAAUGGACCUCUAUCAUCAACCACAUUCAAGACAUUCACACACAUUCUGACCCAGCCUUCCCUAGGUGUAAACAUGCACAAAGAUUGUCUAAGGACCGUAGAAAGUGGUUUCAACCAGGUUCAAGAGCACUAAAUAGGCUACAGAAUGUGCUGAUUAAGAAGAGUCCUUUCAGAUGUGGAAAAGCUGAGCCCACAUUACCAGACAUCAACUGUAGAGUCAUUUCACAAAGUCAUCUUACACUUUGCACCCAAAAAUGUUGUGUUCCCCUUCAUCGGAAUGCUAUGCAGGUUAUAUCUUGCAGCAAUGCACUUUAAUGAGAAUGCUGUACGGCCACAACUGAGAACAUCUAAAGGGAAACUUGUGUACAAGCUUCUCUUUCCAAAGGCCAAAAAGGGAGGACAUACUGUCAAACCCGUAAAGACAGAGCCAACAUUUUGCUAUGUCACCAGCUUGAUGGACAGUGUUUUUGAAGAGGCUGUCUGUGAUCCCCUUCCAUUUCUGGAUGCCGUACAGCAGAUUCCUGUGCCUCCGUACCUGUCUGCUCAGCAUGACAGACCUUCCAUGGAGGAAGCUGUU